GGAGACGAGCGGACGGUUUGGAGCGGCUGGAGAAGAUCGCGAGACAGGGUUUUAGGAGGGGAAGGUUCACAGACUGGAAACUGAAACCGAAUAUCAAAUUAGGAUCUGAGAGAUGAUUCAUCACAGCUGGAAUAUCAUCAGUCUUCAAAUGUAGAAGGAGAAAUGGCCCUCGGUUCUGCCUGUGGGAAAAGAUUUCGAACAUCAGCGUGACUGGAAAAGUACUGAGGCACAUGCACCCGAGCAAGUGUGUCGCAGUGAGCUGGCUAUGAAAAGAGCUUUCUCUGGUUAUUCAGCCUGGAAAAGCAUUGGCACAUUCACAGUGUGGGAAAAUCAUUCUUCUUGUUCAGAGUGUGGACGCAGCUACAAUUAAUCGUCAAAUCUGGAGAAAUACAGUCACCCGAUGGAGAAACCGUUGAAAUGCAGGGAUUGUGGGAAGGGGUUCAGUUAUUUGCCUGAGGUGGAAACACAUCAAUGCAGUCAUGCUGCACAGAAACGCUGCAAAUGUGGGGACUGUGGGAAGGGAUUCAGUUACCCAUCCCAGUUGGAAAUCCACCGACGCAGUCACACUGGGGAGAGACCUUUCACCUGCACAUUGUGUAGGAAGGGAUUCAGAGAGUUAUCCAAACUCCACAUCCACAUGCGCGUUCACACUGGGGAGAGGCCAUUCCCCUGCUCGGUGUGUGGAAAGCAGUUUACACAGUCGUCCAGCCUGCUGACACACCAGCGUGUUCACACUGAUAAGAAACCUUUUAAAUGCUCGGAGUGUGAGAAGAGUUUUAAAAGCAGAAGUGAGAUGCUGACACACCAUCGCACGCACACUGGGGAGAGGCCAUUCACCUGUUUCGAGUGUGGAAAGGGAUUCACUCAGUCAUCCACCUUGCGCAAACACCAGAAAGUUCAUAAUAGGGAGAGGCCGUUUGUCUGCUCUGUGUGUGGGAAGGGAUUCACUCAGUCAUCUAGUUUGGUGGAGCACCAGAGAGUUCACACAGGGGAGAGGCCGUUCAUCUGCUCUAUGUGUGGAAAGGGAUUCACUCAUUCAUUCAAUUUGCUGAGACACCAGCGCAUUCAUACUGGUGAGAGGCCAUUCACUUGCUCCGUGUGUGGGAAGGGAUUCACUCGUUCAUCCAACUUUGUGACUCACCAGCGAGUUCACAAUAACUGACUUUGAGGAUUGGAUUCUGCUGCUCACACUGUUGUUAAUUACAAACAGGACUGAAUCAUGUUCACUCAGACAGUUGGAGUUUGUUUUUUGCUGCUAUG